CAGCAGCAGCAGCAGCAUCCUCUCUUCCUGUUGCCACCGGGGACUCUUCAUCGACCAUCAAGUCUGGCGGGAACCGAGGCUUUUCUACGAUGCGCAACUUCCAUCUGCCCAAAUGCUGUGAGGGCUCCUAGCGUCCCUCUCUAGAGACAGCAGUGGAGAGGUUGGAGGUCCCUCGCUCAUCAAUGUCUCUCACUCCGAGUCGGAAGCCCUCCUCAGGUCAGCGCAGGCGCUCAGUGGGCACUGGAGGUGGCAGCGGGCGAUAUUCCCACAGCGAUACAUCCAGUACCCACACGUACCCUGGUCGGAUCAGGGCACCAGAGGGCAGCCCCACAGCCCGGACUUAUCCGAGUACACCGAGGCGUCAGGCGAAGCACACAACCUGCAGCGACAACCAUGGCAUCAGGCCGCCGACCCCGGAGCAGUACCUCACACCUCUGCAACAGAAGGAGGUGUGUAUACGACAUCUGCGAGCCAGACUGAGGGACAAUGUGGAGAGAUUACAACACAGAGACUGUGAAAUAGAUGAGCUGAGGGCCCAGCUGUACAGGAUGCAGGAGGACUGGAUAGAGGAGGAAUGUCACCGUGUGGAGGCCCAGUUAGCUCUGAAAGAGGCCCGCAAGGAGAUCCAGCACCUUCAGGAGGUGGUUGAGACAGUGAGGUCCAACCUGAGUCUCCAUGAACAAGAACCCCAUGAACACAAGCCAUACUCAGGGUUGCAGGGAGCUCGGCCAGGGGGGAAGUCUCGCUCCUGCGGCUGUUCCCCAGCCAGCACUUUGAGCCGCAGCACCGCCCACACCCGAAUGAGCAAUGAGGCUCUGCAGCUGGAGCGCAGCCCCAACGCUCCUGAGGCGAGCAGAGUGUCUUGCACAGCAGGACAAACCCACCUGCUCCUGGAGGCGGCCCUCCUCUCAGAACCGCUGCCGUCACAGGGCCACAUCCGAGGCCCCCCAACUGUGCCGCGCUCUUCCACCUACGAAAGGCUGUGCAGCGGGGGGGCGGUGUUGCCAAUCUCACACUCCUGCCACACUCUAAGUAGCAGCUGCAAGUGCAGUGGCCACGCCUACCUCCCCCAUCAUCACUUGUUCCUGCAUUUACCCCAGGAGGAGGCCCCGGUGACAGCAGCGCCUGCUGCUGUCCCUACUACUGAGCCUAUCCCUAUUCCUUCUCCUGCCGCAGAGAGGAAGCCAGAAGUGCGCUCACAGGCUUGCAGCCCCACCAUGAGCUGGCUGUGUGAGGAGAGCGGUGUCGAGGAGCUGAGUGUCAUUUCUUUAGCCACAGCAGAAGUUACCCCCUCAGAGCCACAUCUAUUUCCAUCGUCUUUACCUGCUGCGUCCCCUCCUGAGCAUUCACACAGCGUAGAGCCGCCCGACAAAUCAGAGCAGGUCACAAAGACGCCAACAGAGCCCCACACCUGCCAGCCCCACCCUACAGCUCCGCUCCCAGAGAGACAGGACGCUGUGGCAGUGGAUCUAGGAGAGGACGAUAAGGAUGAACCUGAAGGUACAGACGAAGAUGGGUACCCGCCUCAGCUCUGCCACUGGAGCCGCUACUUUCUUGUAGAUCUGUUAGCUUUGGCAAUGCCAGUGGUCCCAACCAUGGCAUGGCUGUGUCGAGGGGCGCCACAGGGAGUCAUGCCGGUGUAUCAUAUCGGCUCCCUGCUGAGAGGUUGCUGUGCUGUGGCCCUCCACUCACUGCGUCGCCGGGGUGCAGGCAGGGGACGCAGGCCCACCAGCAUGAACGGAACAACACCAAUCUGAGACUCUCUGACAUAAAGAUCACAACUCCCAACCUCUGCAGGCACAGCUACGCUGAGUUUCUCACAUUCUGGUCAUUUCCACGUGUUGGGUAUCUCCUCUUUUAAGAUUUCUAGAUUUUACAUAAUGCCCUUGUGAUUCUGUGCUCAUGCCUUGCCUUAGAAAACAAAGGAUUAGUUGUACAUUAUUUCAGUAUUCAGAUAUCCUUACUGCUCCUGCCUGCAGUUUAAGUGGUUUUCUCUUUCUUGGAAUUUGCAUGUAACCCACAGUUUGGUUGGGUUCUCUUGCUUGAAUUAAAAAAAAGCCCACCUGGAUAUAGAUGAUAUCCUCCGGGUGAAAAUAAUCAGUUGAUUUCAUGAAACAUGAAAGAGAACUUGUUUGAAGUUGAAUGCUCCUCUAUUUUCAUCAUCAUGUUUUUAAAAAUUGUGAAAAAGGAGACUCACGGUCAUUAAAGUUUCUUUGGCAUCAAUGUCCCACAAAAUCAGAAAAAUAAAUUACAGUCAGAACUUUUCUGACUUUUUCCACACAUAGUUAAUAGAUUUACAGAGCACAUCAAUGUAGGCAGCAGUCAUCUCCACCCAUGAAAACACUGAAUGUGAAAGCUGUUGGGACUUUUACCUUUUGAGAAGCAUGUGCAUUGAACCCAGCUCUCAGGUGCAGAACAGACAGGUUAUUGAUCUUUUUGCCAAUAAACAAAACAUGGGAGUUUAAAACUGUACAGACUCGAUUUCUUUGAUCCUGUCGGGACUAAAAUCAGUUAUGUAUCAGUGGGCCUCAUGCAGGAAGAGAUAUACAAACAGAUUUUCUUUUAUGUUUGUGUGUCGAUGGACAGCCACAAAAAUGGUUCACAGGCUGGCUGUCCAACCCAGUUGCAUAGGUGUGCAGGUAUCUCCUCUGCCGUCCUCUCUUGGUUGUCCAUGAUUGGACUGACGCAACCAAGAUAAACUUUUUUGUUGCCCUAAGUAGCUGCAGUUUCACAGCAGCUGUAAGACUUUGUUUGUUGGUACUCAUUGAUUUCUGGGAUUCAUCAUGUUUUUUUUUAUUUUUGACGUUCUCUUACGUCAGAGAAAAUUGGGCACUGUUACAGAGAUAAGAGAGAAACAUCUUGUUUUCCACAGAUCACAAAUUACUUGUCUGAGGCAAGGAGACACAAGUUUUCAUUAAAUGAACACAAAAAUAAAAUGCCUUUAUUAUCAUAUAAUCAAAUUUAGAUGAUUAUGUUUUAGAGUCAUAAUGAUUUGAUUAUUAAAUUUGUGAGCUAAAGAAAUACCAUUGCUAAACUGAUCUCAAUUAAGAAUACAAAGCCCUGCAUGAUAUUACAUAGCAGCUUCUGAAUGGCUGACAUCCUGCUCUUAGCCGCUUCUUAGAGAAUGUGUUUUUACAAAUAACACAGAUGUAUUUGAUGAGAUGGAUGAAUGGCUGCUGAGCCGUUUCAGACUGCACUGCUUUUAAAACCAUUUUCUUUUUCUUUUCAAUUCAGUUACUGUGUGUGGAAUGUAACUAAGUACACUUACUCAAGUACUCUACUUAAGUACAACUUUGACUGAGUACUUUAAUCCCAUGGCACAUUCUCCCUCUACUCCACUACACUUCAGGGGAAAUAUUGUUCUAUUAUUUGAUCAUUUUAGUUAACAGUUACUUUACAAAUUAGGAUAUUUGCACACAAACCAUAUGCAAAUAUCCAGAUGAAGCUGAAACAAUUAAUUGAUUGAUUAGAAAAUUAAUAGGCAAAUAUUUCGAUAAACAUUUGACAUUUUUUAUGCAUGAACAUUUCAUGGUUCCAGCUUCUCAAAGACGUCACAUACUUGCUGCUUUUCCUUUUAAUAUUUUGAUUUAUUAAAUUAAUUUAAAAUGUUCUGCAUGUAGUGCUUUUACUUGUAAUACAUCCUUGUACUUACAUUUUCAAUGCAGGUCUUUUACUAGUAACAGAGUAUUUUUACUGUGUGGUAUUAGUACUAGUUUACUAGUUAAGUAAAGGAUCUGAAUACAUCCUCCACUCCUGCUGACACAGCACUAACAGCAUCACAGAUGUUUUGCCAUAGCUGGGUUUAUGAUUUUCCUGUAACAUCAGAACUGACAGUUUAGGAGGGGCUUUUUUUUAUGCCUUUACUGGACAGGACA